AUGAAAUGACUGAAAAAUCUAAAACAAUGAGUCACGUAAAACACAUUCCGAAAGACGCUCAAGUUAUUAUGUCGAUUAUGAAAGAUAUGGGAAUCACGGAUUAUGAACCAAAAGUCAUCAAUCAAUUACUUGAAUUCACAUAUCGUUAUGUUACAUGUAUAUUAGACGAUAGUAGAAUAUAUGCGAAUCAUGCUAAAAAGAAGUUCACCGAUUUAGAUGAUGUAAGAUUGGCCGUGAAAAUGCAGUUGGAACGUACUUUUACAAAUCCACCACCAAGAGACGUAUUAUUAGAUGUGGCUCGUGCCAAAAAUAAUAUACCCUUACCAUUCGUUAAACCAAACAAUGGUCUAAGGUUACCACCUGAUAGAUAUUGUUUGAAUGCAACAAAUUAUAAAUUGAAGAAUGCUACAAAAAAAACUGUUUCGAAGCCUAUGCAUUCAUUAGUUGGUAAUAAUAUAUCUGGAGUACAAUCCAGAAUCAAAGUAGAAGGAAGUAAGACUGGUCUUUCAAUAGUCAAAAGACCAGGCACUUUGACUACUGUUGCUCGAACUCAAACAAUAUCUAUACCAAAGCCGGUAUUAAAAUUUUCAACAGCACCAACAGGUACAACCACGGUUAAAGCUCAAAUACCAAAACCAAAAGUACAAAUAUCAUCUGGACAAACUGUGCCACAUAUUAAAAUAGAAGCUGAUGACUCUGUAAAAAGAAAAAGAGAAGAUAAUAAUUAUGAUGUUUAAGUAAAAGUAUAAUAUAGAUAUAGUAUAAUAUUUAUUUGUUGCUUUGUUCGUUAUAUAAUUAUAAAACAUUUGAUUUGAACAAUAGGAAGAAACGGAUAUGUUAAUAUGUUCGUAUCAUGUGCUUUUGGAAAAUGAAAAUUUUUAAUUAUUGAAAAAGAUAAAUAAUGUAUAUUGUUUGAUUAAUUGAAUUAAAUCCAAGAAAUUAAUUUCAAAUAGUGAGAUUAGAAUUUAAUGUGACUUAUUAAUGUGUUUAUAGUGAUUUCUAUGAUGGCAUAGACACUAUCAUUAAAUUUUGCUUUGAUUACCUUGUAACGUAGUAAUCAUUUAUUAAGUUUAUAAUAUUAAGUAAACAAAAUGAAUAUAUUCAAUCAUAUUAAUAACACUUUAUUCUGAAGUAUUAACACACUGACGUCAAACAACAACCACAAUGAUAGUAUUAAAUUAUUUUUAAUGAUAGUAUUAAAGCCAUAAAACUUGUUACAUUAUGAUUAUUAUAAUCAUUGAAAUUAACAAUUUCAUCAAUUAAUUUAUUCUAUUUUUAUACUAAAUUUGUGAUAUUAGAUUAAGAUAGUAAUAAAGAUAAUGAGAAAAAUUAAUAUUUCAGUGAAUGCACUAUUGUUCAAAUAUUAAUUUGCACUUGUAUUCCGUAUAGAUUAUAUAUAUUUUAAAUAAUUAUAAAAUUUUCGAAAGUAUUAAUAUUUUAAUAUUAGAUGUUUGUAAAGAGAGAUCUUCGAUGUUUACUCGCUGGAAUGAAAAAAAAAAAAAAGAAGAAAACUAGAUCGAGAUAAAUAUCAAAGUCAAUCAAAUGUUCGAUUUUUGUUAAUAUUAAAUGUGAUCAAUGAA